CAUUUUGGGGUUUUCCCUGUUGUUCCAAGAAAUAACCAAAUCAUUUUUCCUAAAAAACUCAGUGUUGAAAAAAACUUCACAGUGAGCGAACAUUUCGAUACGUGCGUCCGUGUGUGUGCAACAAAACGUUGUUUUUCUUAUUGGAUAGUGUAAUUAAAAAUAUUUAUCCUUUUAAUUUAGGUUUGUUUUGGAAGAAUUGAAUGCAAGCAAGCAAGUGUAGAGUGAAUGAUUUCAAGCUAAAUUUACCAAAACAAAAGUGCAAAAAGUGCUGGAACUGGAAGUGAAGCAAGAAAAAAGAAAAAUUGCCAAAGCAAAAUAGAAAUUAAUUGGGAAAAAAUUGUUAAAGUGAAAAAAGAUCUAGAAACAAACAACAACAAAAUAGCGUCGUAAAAAUCCAUCAAAAGAUAGUUUAAACAAAACACAAAAAUAUUGAAGUGCCUGUAAAGGCCUUCAAAGAAUUUGAUUCAAAGAAAUUUGAAGAUUCAUCAAAAGUGAAUUCAUGAAUCAAACCAACACCAAAAAAUUUUUGUAAAUAUUUCAAACAACAACUGUCACAACAUUUCCGUCAUCAUUUUGUUGAAAAUCUGCAAAUGCAAAAUACUCAUUCAAAAUAAUCCGCAACCGCAAUUGUUGAAGGAUAACAAAAAAAUAGAAUUACCCCGAUAAAGAAAAAAAUAGAAAAAUUUAAUCUGUGAUUUCUGUGAUUUAUUUAAAACAAAAAUUAUUUCUCCAUAACACAAAAGCAAAAACGAAAAUUUUCCAAUUCAGAUAUUGUUUUAAUGUUUCACUCAACACAACAAAACUUCAACAUCACUGCUCCUCUGUAAAUAUACUCAUUACAACAACAAUAACAACAUCAGCGGGAAGUUUAUAUGUAACAAAACACAACAACUACAACAUCCCAUAAAUAAUCAAAAAUCCAAAAAUAAAAUUGGAGUUGGAAAACAAUCGGAAUCGAGAAAGAAACAAACGAUUCAAUGAAAACGGAAAAACAGAAAGGCUAAAAUAACAAAACAAGAAAAAUCGUGGAAAAUUGUAGUAACUGCAACAACACCAUACAUUUGUUCUACAAAUUAAUUGUCUUGUUUUCAUUUUGCUGACCGCAAAACCGAAAUUCGUAAUAAAACAACAACAACACAAAAAUCAUAUGACGAUCCUGACGCCAGUUUUGGAAUAAAACGCCAAACAACAUUCGAAGCAGUAGUAGCAGCAGCAUUUAACACUUCGUCAACAACACUGGAAAAUUGUCGUCGUAGUCUGUGUACUCUUGUUUCCUGUUAUCCUGCUGGCUAUAACGAGAAUUACUCGCACACAUACACACUCUCACACACCAGUGUUGCGUGUGUUCGCUCUCCCAACAAACAACCGAGGCAAUCUCCAAUACAUACAAGUGUUGCGAUAAUUGUCACCGCCGCCGUGGACGUCGCUCUUUUAAGUCAACCGACCGACCGAACGACCAACGACGUGUAUGCGUAUGUAAAAGCGCGUGGUCGUCAUCAUUGUCGCCUUGUCGUCCUCUUUGCAAGUGUUCUUUAAUUAACACCAAAUAGAGAAAACAACAACAACAAAAAUACCACCAACAACAAAAAAGCCAAGAGAGCAUAAAGAGCAGUAGACGAAACAAAAUAGCCGGAACAACGGAGUAACGAAUAUAUCCGAAAUAAAAAAUAAAAGAAAAACCAAAACACCAAACCUAAAAAGUCCACUGUUCAAAGGAAACUCUCAUUUUCUGUGUCAUCGUCAUCGUCGAUUGCAUGCCAUGUGUAUGACGUGUCAAUCUACACAAAUGUGUGUGGCCGUACAUCUGGUGUAACACAAUUAUGGCCGAGCGGUCGUCCUAUCAAUAUCAGAAAUUGGAUAUACUGACGGUUGGCAGCGGCUCAGGAAGCGGCGCUAGCAGGGCAUCAACAGGGCUCCACAAGCGGGGGGCACUCGGGUCGAAGGGGAGCCCAUCGCUUAGCUGAUAGAAUGGGUGGCCCAAAGAAAGAAGAGACACCACCUGGUGGUGGUCCCACAUCAUUAUUUAUCCUCACCGAGGAUAAUCCAAUUAGAAAAUACACACGUUUCAUAAUAGAAUGGCCGCCCUUCGAGUACACUGUGUUAUUGACAAUCAUUGCCAACUGCGUUGUGUUGGCAUUAGAAGAACAUUUGCCUGAGUGUGAUAAAACAGUAUUGGCCCAAAAGCUGGAAAAAACGGAGACCUAUUUUUUAUGCAUUUUCUGUGUAGAAGCAUCGCUCAAGAUCCUUGCCUUAGGUCUAGUUUUGCAUAAACACUCCUACCUCAGGAAUAUUUGGAACAUCAUGGAUUUCUUUGUAGUAGUGACGGGAUUCAUGACACAAUUCCCACAAUUAGGGCCCGAAGUAGAUCUAAGAACUCUUAGGGCCAUACGUGUGCUAAGGCCCUUAAAAUUAGUCUCUGGAAUUCCUAGUUUACAAGUAGUUUUAAAGUCCAUUAUAAAAGCAAUGGCACCGUUGCUGCAAAUCGGUCUCUUGGUGUUGUUUGCGAUCGUUAUAUUUGCCAUCAUUGGACUCGAGUUCUAUUCGGGUGCUUUACAUAAGACUUGUUAUAGUUUAGAAGAUCCAAAUAAGCCUGUAAAAGAAGGUGAAUCAGAAACACCGUGUAAUACGGAUAACGCCACAGAUAAAUCAGGUGGUUCAUAUGUAUGUAAUUAUACGACGAGUAUGUGUUUGGAAAAAUGGGAUGGACCAAAUUCUGGCAUAACUAGUUUUGACAAUAUCGGUUUUGCCAUGUUGACUGUAUUCCAAUGUAUCACUAUGGAAGGCUGGACAGCAAUACUGUAUUGGACCAACGAUGCUUUAGGUUCACAAUUUAAUUGGAUAUAUUUCGUGCCUCUUAUAGUUAUAGGCUCAUUUUUUAUGCUCAACUUAGUUCUUGGUGUUCUUAGCGGUGAAUUUUCCAAUGAACGUAAUCGCGUCGAACGUCGCAUGGAAUUUCAGAAAUGUCGUUUUAAAACCAUGUUUCAAACGGCCAUGGUCUCAUACCUUGAUUGGAUAACAGAAGCAGAGGAAGUGAUAUUAGCCGAAGAGCGUACAACAGAAGAGGAGAGAAUGCAUAUAAUGGAGGCACGAAGACGAAAUGCUGCCAAAAGAAAAAAACUGAAAAGUCUGGGCAAAUCGAAAUCAACCGAUACCGAGGAAGAGGAGGGUGAAGAAGAUUAUGGCGAUGAUGGCUAUUUGAAAACUCGUUCAAAACCUCAAGGAAGCUGUACGGGUUUUUGGCGUAUUGAGAAAAGUUUUCGUUAUUGGAUACGAAAAACCGUGAAGAAGCAAUGGUUCUAUUGGUUUGUCAUAGUACUGGUGUUCUUGAAUACCGUGUGUGUGGCCGUCGAACACUAUGGUCAACCGCCGUAUCUAUCCGAUUUUUUAUACUAUGCUGAAUUCGUGUUUCUGGGCCUUUUCAUGUCGGAAAUGUUCAUCAAGAUCUAUGCAAUGGGUCCAAGGAUAUAUUUCGAAUCGUCGUUUAAUCGUUUCGAUUGUGUCGUCAUUAGUGGUUCGAUAUUCGAAGUUAUAUGGUCUGAAGUUAAGGGUGGCUCAUUCGGUCUAUCCGUUUUGAGAGCGUUACGUUUGCUGCGUAUAUUUAAGGUGACCAAAUACUGGUCAUCACUGCGAAAUCUUGUGAUUUCGCUAUUGAACUCGAUGAGAUCCAUCAUUUCAUUGUUGUUCCUGCUCUUCUUGUUCAUACUGAUAUUUGCCCUACUUGGCAUGCAAUUGUUUGGCGGGCAAUUUAAUUUUAGUACGGAAACUCCCGAAACAAAUUUCAACACCUUCCCCAUAGCCUUACUGACUGUCUUUCAAAUUCUAACCGGUGAAGAUUGGAAUGAAGUUAUGUAUCAGGGUAUUAUAUCACAAGGUGGCGCUAAAAGAGGAAUGAUUUACUCUGUUUACUUUAUCGUUUUGGUACUCUUCGGUAAUUAUACAUUGCUAAACGUGUUCUUGGCUAUCGCUGUUGAUAAUUUAGCAAACGCCCAAGAAUUAACUGCUGCCGAAGAGGAACAAGUCGAGGAAGAUAAAGAGAAACAAUUACAAGAAUUAGAGAAAGAAAUGGAAGCGCUACAAGGUGAUGGCGUCCAUGUCGAGAAUGGUGGCGAAGGUGCUACGGCGGCCAAAGUGAAGAGCAAAAAGAAGGAGGAGGAAAAGAAGGAAGAGGAAGAAGUUACGGAGGGUCCAAAACCAAUGUUGCCAUAUUCAUCAAUGUUUAUAUUAUCACCGACGAAUCCCAUCAGACGUGGCGCCCAUUGGGUCGUUAAUUUACGUUACUUUGAUUUUUUCAUUAUGGUCGUCAUCUCAUUGUCAUCGAUAGCGUUAGCGGCUGAAGAUCCCGUUCGUGAGAAUUCACCACGAAAUAAAAUUUUGAAUUAUUUCGAUUAUGCAUUUACCGGCGUAUUCACAAUAGAAAUGUUACUGAAAAUUGUAGAUUUAGGUGUUAUAUUACAUCCUGGCAGCUAUUUAAGAGAAUUCUGGAAUAUUAUGGAUGCUGUGGUCGUUAUAUGCGCUGCUGUUAGUUUUGGUUUCGAUAUGAGCGGUAGCAGUGCUGGACAAAAUUUAUCAACAAUCAAAUCGUUGCGUGUCCUCCGUGUCCUGCGACCAUUAAAGACAAUUAAGCGCGUACCCAAAUUGAAAGCCGUCUUCGACUGCGUAGUGAAUUCAUUGAAAAAUGUUGUUAACAUUCUAAUCGUGUACAUAUUAUUUCAAUUUAUAUUUUCUGUCAUUGGUGUACAAUUAUUCAAUGGGAAAUUUUUUUAUUGUACGGACGAAAGUAAACAUACUGCCGAAGAGUGCCAGGGUUCGUAUUUUAAAUUCGAAGAAGGAGAACUACUGCCAAGACAAGAGGCCCGCAUUUGGAAGCCGCAAAGUUUCCACUACGACAACGUUGCCGCGGCAAUGUUAACACUAUUCGCAGUACAAACGGGCGAAGGAUGGCCACAAGUACUGCAACACUCCAUGGCUGCCACUUACGAAGAUAGGGGUCCAAUACAAAAUUUCCGGAUUGAAAUGUCCAUAUUUUAUAUCGUUUAUUUUAUCGUAUUUCCAUUCUUCUUUGUAAACAUAUUCGUGGCCUUGAUUAUCAUUACAUUCCAAGAGCAAGGCGAAGCUGAAUUACAAGAUGGUGAAAUUGAUAAAAAUCAGAAAUCAUGUAUAGACUUUACAAUAGGAGCGCGACCAUUAGAACGUUACAUGCCCAAAAAUCGUAAUACAUUUAAAUAUAAAGUAUGGCGUAUUGUCGUAUCGACACCAUUCGAAUACUUUAUAAUGAUGCUAAUUGUGUUCAAUACUUUAUUGCUGAUGAUGAAGUAUCAUAAUCAAGGUGAGAUGUAUGAAAAAUCGCUGAAAUAUAUCAACAUGGGAUUCACGGGAAUGUUCAGUGUUGAAACUGUACUGAAAAUCAUCGGAUUCGGUGUGAAGAAUUUCUUUAAAGAUCCCUGGAACAUCUUCGAUUUAAUCACAGUCUUGGGCAGUAUUGUGGAUGCAUUAUGGAUGGAAUUUGGGCACGAUUCGAACUCAAUCAACGUUGGCUUCCUGCGUUUAUUUCGUGCGGCGCGUCUUAUCAAACUGCUACGCCAAGGCUACACGAUACGUAUUCUACUCUGGACAUUUGUACAAUCAUUCAAAGCACUUCCAUAUGUCUGUCUGUUGAUAGCCAUGUUAUUUUUUAUCUAUGCCAUUAUUGGUAUGCAGGUAUUCGGAAAUAUCAAACUAGGGACAGUGGAAAAUACGAUAACUAGGCACAACAACUUCCAAUCAUUUGUACAAGGUGUUAUGCUCCUAUUCAGAUGUGCAACGGGCGAGGCGUGGCCGAACAUUAUGCUGGCGUGCCUUAAGGGGAGGCCAUGCGAUGAAGAAGCCGAAAAGGGUGACGAAACCUGUGGUUCCACAUUGGCCUAUGCCUAUUUUGUAUCGUUUAUAUUCUUCUGUUCGUUUCUAAUGUUGAAUUUGUUCGUUGCCGUCAUUAUGGAUAAUUUCGAUUAUCUGACAAGAGAUUCCAGUAUAUUGGGUGCCCAUCAUUUAGAUGAAUUUGUUCGGAUAUGGGCUGAAUAUGAUCCAAAUGCGACUGGUCGCAUACUCUAUACGGAAAUGUAUGACAUGUUGAAAAAUAUGGAUCCUCCAUUGGGGUUCGGUAACAAAUGUCCCAAUCGCCUCGCCUUCAAGAAACUAAUACGUAUGAAUAUGCCCCUGGACGACGAGAUGAGAGUACAGUUUACGACCACGUUAUUUGCAUUGAUACGAGAAAAUCUUAGUAUAAAAAUGAGACCGGCUGAAGAAAUGGAUCAAGCCGAUUCAGAACUUAGGGAAACAAUAGAAAAAAUCUGGCCAUUGCAAGCCAAAAAAAUGCUAGAUCUGCUGGUGCCGCCCAACGAUCAAUUGAACAAGGGCAAAAUGACAGUGGGUAAAAUCUAUACAGGAUUCUUAUUGCUGGACGCAUACAACUCCAGGCGAGAUGGCGGCGGCGGUCAAGGAGGAAUGCCGAAACAAUCAUUUUUCGAUUGUUUACUCGACAUGACUGCCCUUGACAAAGGAGGAUCACGUCAAGGUUCGAUUAGCUAUGAACCGAAUGGCCACGAUGCUGCCAAUUCCCAAACGCAUUUAUUGGCAAAUGUACAUCAUCAGACAAAUGGUGAUACGGAACAAGGUAGCCUGGCAACACUGGCCCGCCGGAGUACAAUGCGUAAACGUUCUGUUAGAAACAAUAAAAAGAUGCUGGAAUUAAGGGAUGCACCCAGGCAUCCAUCUCAGGAAUCAUUAACCGGUGCCGAUGCUGGUCAUUUACAUCCUGGACACGCCUAUCAAAACGGUCAUCGCCGAUCACCUAGUUUAAGAUCACCAAGUCCUCGACGGCGUGGCCAUCCAUACACACAUCAUGAUAUUGGGUUCUCUGAUACUGUAUCUAAUGUGGUGGAGAUGGUCAAGGAAACCCGUCACCCAAGAGGAUAUGGUCAUCAUGCGCGUUAUCCAAGAGGUUCAUGGUCAGCAUCGACAAGUCCGGCCCGUUCGCCUUCACCGUCACGUUAUGGUGGCCACACCAGACGCCCUGAACUGCCUUAUCCCUCAUAUGGGACAACAAGUCUAUGUCAAAGAUCACGAUCACCGAGUCCUGCACGAUUGCAGGAGAUGCGUGAAAGAGAUAGACUUGGCUAUGGGAUUGAUAUGGGUGGACCCCAUGGCCAACACAGUUACCCAAAUUUAAACCAUCGUCGUGGUGGUGGUCGACGUCUGCCACCCACACCCAGUAAACCAUCGACCUUGCAGCUAAAGCCAACAAAUAUUAAUUUUCCAAAAUUAAAUGCAAGUCCAACACAUACACAUCACUCAACACCUCAUAGUGUUCACUCGUUGGUAAACCACCGCGAUCUAAUACCGGACCCUAGAGAGUUGUAUUAUAGCAGUAGAGAACGUGAGCGUGAUCGCGCUCGUUACAGGGACCGCUUGCGUGACUACGAUCCACGAUACGAAUAUCGGGAUCGGGAGCGUGAGCUAUACGAACGAGAACGAGAUCGUGAGUUGGAGUAUGAAAGAGAAAGACUGGAAUACAUACCACCCUUGUCGUUUGAACAAGCGGUUGCUAUGGGCCGAACGGGGAGAGUGUUACCCUCGCCGGUAAUGAAUGGCUAUAAGCCAAAGGGUAGCCAUCAUGCACGCCACUCCGAUUCCGACGAAGAGGACUGGUGCUAG